CGGCACCAAGUGUAACUGCAACGGGCAUUUCAUGUCGUGGCGUUGUCAUGGGGCUCCUCGACGACUACUACCGGGAGGUCACGGCGCUCGAUCACCGUCGACCGCAAGGACGGCGGCAGCUCAAGAAGCGACGACCACUUCCGCUUCUCGAGAAGCUCGAUGAUCCCGUUCGCCGUCCAAAAACGCAAGCCAUCACGCGUCAUCCUGUCGCAAAACUGAAAGAAUGGAAGCGCAGAGGACUCAGCACGGCAGUCUCGCGGUCGAGAGCCACGAACCAAGAACCCACUCCACUCGACGCUCCAGACGACCAACGCGACCACCCCGUGCCAGUCAAAUUCGCUUGGAGGUGUCGCACAGCGGCAGAGUCCCAGCCCAUCAAAGAGAUCACCCACAACGCGUUGGCAAAUGGCGGCGUGGCGGCAGCCUUCCCCUCCAUGGACGCCUCGAUCCCGUUCUUUCCCGUCCAGUUGCUUCAACAAGUGCACAUUCACAUAUCUGCGUGGACACUCGCUGCGACGGACGACACUUUUCAAAAGAUCGCAGCCCACAACCACCGACUUCGGAACGUUCAUAGCAAUGUGUUUGGUGGUCGACAGUCAAAGAGCCCGCCCAUCGCGUUGCAGGGGUGCACAAAAAGCAUCAUCGCAAAUGGCAUCGAAGCUUUGACAGAUGUCGGCCUCAUUGCUGUCGCCAAAACAGUCGUUGCCCUCGAGAGUUUGGAGAUUGCUUACGCGUGCAAGGUGACGGACGCCGGCAUGCGGACGCUGGCGCUGAAUUGCUCCAAGCUCACGAGUCUCAACAUCUCGGGGUGUGCCGGCAUCGUGGGCGCGGGGCUCGGGGCUGUGAGCGAUCACUGUCAUGGCAUGCAACGACUUGUGCUGGCCGAUUGCCCCCACUUGGAGGACUGGGUCCUCGUCCGGGCAUUUUACAAUUUUGAGCACCUCACCCACGUCGAUCUGUCGGCAUGCGUUCAGAUUACGGACGACACGAUCAAAUCCAUGGCGCUACGGUGCCGGCGCUUGGUGGAGCUAGAUCUGUCGACGUGCCCCCAGUUGACGGACUCGGGCAUGGUUUACCUGGCCGAGCAUUGUGUACGUCUCGAACGGCUCAACGUAUCGUCCAAGAAGGGGCACCUCAACGAGCGAAUCACCGACCUGGCGCUGCUGAGCUUCGGCCAACAUUGUCCGCGGUUGGAGACGUUGAAUGUGUCUGGAUGCACAUUCAUCUCGGACGUCGGGGUCCGUUGGCUGGCAGAAGGAUGUCAUUCCCUGACCAGCCUCAACCUGAAUCACGUAUUCAAGCUCACUGACGUGGCCAUGCGGGCGCUGGGCACGCACACGCCGCAUUUGCAAUGCCUACACGUCAACCAUGUCAAGAACAUUUCGGACGUCGGGCUUCGGUUUCUCUCCGAUGGAUGCCCCAAGUUGUCUUUGCUACAUCUCAAGCAGCUCUAUCUGGUCUCGGACGGAGUCAAGAGGGAAUUUGGCCUUGAGGGUCUCCAGGCGGUCGCUCUGUCGUGCCCAGCUUUGACGGACUUGGACGUGUCGGGGUGUUUCCAGAUUGUGGAGCGAUCCCUUCAAACCAUUGGAGCACACUGCAAGGCCCUGAAGCGCAUCAAUUUGCGGGGAUGCGUGAAAGCCACCCCCACGGGGCUCUCCUCCAUUCUACAAGGGUGUCGUGCGCUACAACAUAUCAACUUUACAGCGAUCGAGCAGUGCACCAACGCCGUUGUGCAGGACAUUGGUCGCUGGUCGUCGUUCGUUAACGAACUUAUUCUUGCCCAGUGCGACCGCAUCACGGACAACGGUCUGCGCUACUUGCACAAAAUUGCCGACCAGUUGGUCGUCCUCAAUCUCUCCGGUUGCACCCACAUCACCGACGCAGGACUGUCAGCAUUCGUGUCGUCGUUUCGAUCGACGUCGUCGGUGUUGCAGCAACUCAUCUUGAACGGGUGUCCCUUGGUGACCGAGGACUUUUUGAAUCGGGCGGCGCUCUCGUGCCCCCUCUUGCUUCGUUUGAGCGUUUUGGGCUGUGGGAUUUCGACGAGGGUUCUGUCGUCGCUGAAAACGUCGUGGAAGUAUACCGUGUGCCGAGCGACGCCCUACGAAAUGGGAUAUUUUCCAGUCCAUCGAGCGAAAGAACGACGGUUUAUGGACGAGUCUGGGCAGCUAUGUCUUGCCGCCAUCAAGAUCCAGAACGUGUAUCGCCUUCGUCAAGCACGACGCGAGUUCGGACGACAACAAGCAGAAGCCCUGCGGCACCACGUCGUCUGUCGGCUGCAAAGCCAGUGGCGCGGCCGCCGUGCGCGCAAGCGAGCUGCCGUCAAACGGCUCGGCUUGCACAAACGGCAUCGAGCUGCCAUGGUAAUUCAGCGGAGCUUUCGACGAUACCGGUCCAAGCAAAUUGCACUGCACGAAUAUGAAGAUCUCGUGCUAAAGCGAACGAAAGAGCUUGCGGUGGUCAUCCAGCGCCGGUAUCGGGCCGUGCGCGGCGCCCGCAUCGCGCAAGUCGCAAGGAAAGCCCAGCAACGAUGGACGAAGAAGCGCCAUGAAGCGGCGACGAAAAUGCAGCGUCGGUGGCGGGGAAUUGACGGCCGUCGCAAGUUCAAACUCGCCAAAGCCAUGCGCGACGCCAACCGUGUUGAAGAAGCUGCGUCUGCCACGCAGCUGCAGGCAUUGAUGCGAGGCCGCCAGGCAAGGAAGGUCGCCGCAGCAAGGCGGCAGGCCGAGCUCGAAGAACAGGCCCAACGGCAGCAUGCUGCCAUUCGGUUGCAGUGCAUGUACCGCCAGCGCAUCGCUCGACGAAAGUUCCGUCAGCGGCUGAACCACCUUGCUGAAUUGCAUCGCGCUGCGACCAAAAUGCAGUGCGCGUGGCGCGCACGUCAAGGCCGGAGCAUCAUGGGCGCCCUUCGAAUGGCGCGGGAGCGGCAGGAGCAGGAAGAAGCCGCAGCGCUGGUCCAACAACGUUGGCGAAAACGACUGGCGUACAGGAACCGCGUUUGGGAAGCGGAAGUCCGCCGAAGUGGCAACGUGGCGCGGUUGGCUGGAGCCCGGCGGCUCCAGCGAUGGUGGCGUAACGCAUUGGCAAUUCAGAGAGCGAGGGCUCAGAUGGCCAUGCUACUGGAGAGAAAGAAACAAGACGAUGCCAUGUUGUUUUGGGCCGCGGGGCUGGUGCAGAAUCAAUUCCGCCGCCAUCGUGCACGACAUGUCUACGCCCAGCUUCAGCUGGCACAUGAGUGCCGAUGGAAACAAGUCAUCGACACGGACAACGCACAUGGGAUGGGCUGGGGCGCCCCGUUCUACUACAAUCAAAUCAAUGGGGACGUGCGGUGGCGAAUGCCGAGCGAAGUGCUGUCGCUGCAGCCUCAACCGCCGUGCGCUCAAUGCGAGGUCGACGCGUCCGCGACGGUCGAGUGCAGUACGUGCAGCGAAUACUUUUGCCCUGAGUGCUUUGCUCGAGUUCACGACCACGGAAAGCGGCAGCACCACGUUCGUCGCCAAUUGUACAACUACUACCACAAGCGUAUCGAAUAUGGCGACGGGGAAUUUCCCUCCGUGUGGCCCAGCGAAAUCGACCAGGACCGAAAGAGACCGUGGGAUUUCAUCCAUCAUGUCCCGCUUGACGGGUACGAUGAAUUGGUUGCGUGGAUCGCGGAGGAAGACGUGCGACUGUACAUGCUUCGCCUGGCGCUUCAACAGGCCAAGCCAGCGGAUGCGCCUGCGGCAGUGAUCGAGGAAGAGGUCGAACCAGUUGUCGAGCAGCCAAAGCCUCGAGCUUUCGACGAGGACUCGAGCGGGAAUAAGAUCAUCUUCAAGCCGUUAGGUACCGUGGAUACGUCGCCGGCCGACGACGUUGUGUACCAAGUCAAAGUCGAUCUGCCCUCCGACUACUCGGACAAAUCCACCAAGAAGACCAAGCGCAAGCGGCGUCCGUUGGCAGCGCAGAAGAAGCUUCUACAUGCUUCGCCAGCUACGCAAUCGCCAGAGUCCACUGCUCUCGUUCGUUCUGGCGCAGAUAGCACAACUUGAUCGAACUCGUUACCUCAUCCAUCCUAU